CAUCAUUCCACCGCUGGCGAUAUUUGAUCUGACAUGGCGGCGGCGGCACCUCAGUACGCCGCUUUGUUCCGAUGGGCCCAUCAUUGCGACAGCGUCAGCAUCGCUGGCUCCUUCAACAAUUGGGGUGAGAAGUUUCCCCUGGAGAAACACGCGGACGGCACGUUCUCCAUCGCGUUGGAUCUUGCAGCAGGAUUGUACCAAUUCAAGUUCCUCGUGGACGGGAAAGCAUGGAAAUAUGACCCCGACUAUGCGUUUGCCCCCGACGGGUAUGGCAACCUGAACAACUUCAUCUCGAUCACCGCGACAGCGGGAGAGGUCGUCCAAGUUCCCAUUCCGACGAUGCUUCGUGGCCCCGACGUCCAUGAGCUGCCGACAAUGAACCCCGCCGCAACGCUUGCGUCGUCCGACGUCCGCAAGCGCGCGACACCACCGACAGUUCGACAGCUGUCCCCGACGACGUUGCGCACAAAGCUGCCAUCGAGCAAGCUCGCCGUCGCUGUCCCCACCGCAAACGACGUGACGGUCCUGCAGUCUCCUCGCGUCAAGCCGCGAUCCGAGCUCAAGAAGCUGCCGCCAGCGCUCAUCAAGCGAGACUCCAUGAUCAAGGCGGACAACGAUGCCGAGUACGGACUCAACGUUACCGACGAGGCAGGGCGCACGCGCACGCCGUCCGCGGGCUCCAUUACACGCUCCAAGAGCGAGGAAUCGCUCAAGGCGCUAGAUGUGAGCCUCGAGAGCCGUCCGUUCAACGCACCGCCGGCGCCGAAGAAGCUGUCUGCCGCCCAUCGCGAAUUCAGUCAAACGAGCAUCUUGCUGGCCGCCCGCACCGAGCACUUUGGCGGAGACCUAGUCACCCAGGAGCAUCAACUGCGACAGCAGGACGGGGGCCACCGAUCGACGCUGUCGUACCCUGUGUCGAUGGCCAACGACGCACAGCAGCGCAGCGGGAAGCUCUUGAUCAUCCUCGUGGGGCUUCCUGGGCGCGGCAAGACGUUCCUCGGGCAUAUCCUUGCGCGACAUCUGACGUGGAUGGGUCAUGCCACCAAAGUGUUCAACGUGAGCGAGUACCGCCGGACGAUGGUCAAGACAGAAGUGACGCAUCACUUUUGGGACCCAGAGAACACGUCCGACUCGCAAAAGCGCGCCGAGAUUGGUGAAACGUGCUUGAAAGAUGCUUUGGACGCCCUAGCCAAUGACUCGUGUACGUGCGCUGUCUUCGAUGCGACCAACGCUAGUGUAUCGCGGCGCGAAGAAAUCCGCGAGGCGGCGGCGGCGCGGCCGUUCAAGUACGAGCUGCUGUUCAUCGAGUCCAUCUGCGACGACCCUGAGCUGAUUGCGAUUUCGAUCAACGAGAUGAAGCUCAACUCGCAAGACUAUGCGCACUAUACGCUGGACCAGGUCGUGGACGACUACCACCAGCGCAUCGAGCACUACCGCGAUAUUUACGCGCCAUUGGAAGAGACCGAGCGAUGCUCGUUCAUCAAGAUUAUUGACGUGGGGCGCCAGAUCUUUUGCAAUCAAGUGUACGGGUACCUCCAAUCUCGCAUCAUGUUUUUGAUGGCCAACUUGCAACUGCGCCCGCGACCGAUCUGGCUCAGUCGGCAUGGCGAAAGCAUGUACAACACCCAGGGUCUGAUUGGCGGCGACUCGCCGUUGAGUCCAUGGGGAGUCAAGUAUGCGCAGCAGCUAGACAAGUUUAUCCAGGCGCAUUACCCCGACGACACGCGGCUGAGUGUGUGGACGUCGACCAUGACGCGGACGGGGCAGACGGUAGAGCGCAUCGCCGCGCACGGCCGCGUGGUGGUCAAGUGGAAGCAGCUGGAUGAGAUCGACGCUGGCAUCUGCGACGGCAUGACGUACGAGCAGGUGGCGACGCAGUACCCCGACGAGUACCGCGCCCGCCAGACCAACAAGUUGCACUAUCGGUACCCCCGCGGCGAGUCGUAUCAAGACGUGAUUCACCGCCUCGAGCCGGUCAUCACGGAGCUCAUGCGCCUCGACCGCCCCGUGCUCAUCGUGGCGCACCAAGCCAUCUUGCGCGUGCUGUACGCGUACCUGACCAAUAAGCACCCGGAAGAGUGCCCGACGAUUGAGAUUCCGUUGCACGUGGUCAUUCAGAUCACGCCCAAGGCGUACCACUGCGAAGAAGUGUGGCACCAUCCCAUCUAGCCUGCUUGUCGACGAAAGAGAAGUGACAUACGACACCUACAAGGACAGGAUGGACGAGGAUCGAAGUCGACGUUGUAGCACAACUAAACGAGUGUCGUCUGCAUCACGUGUAUAUACGUUUUCGAUGGUGCGGGUAGGAUGGGCAGACAGCCUAGGCGGUGGACACCAAUGAGUGUCGACACCACCACUUGGGGGGCUUAGGAGGAAUGGGACCGCGCGGAACGAUGGACUCUAUGCUGCUGCUGCUGCUUUCGAGCACGUGAACCAGCUAGUUUCGCCAACGACUCGCGAUGGUAUCUCAUAAAGGCGUCGCAGUUGCCACGCGCAAUAUCGUGUCGGCUGCAGUACCAAUGCGCGCGGAAUGCUGACUGCGUUCCCAUGUUGUUGCUUCCUCAACCCAUGGCAGCAACGAGGAUCACAUGUGACGGAAGCGCAGGACAAGCGGACUACUACCGUAGUGAUGGUAACGUCAACCUCAGCAAGAUCCACCUUAGGCUGGCUCGUGGUCGAUGCGCCAUGAGCGAGCAGGGAGGGGUACUGGGGACUCCAUGACUGUCGUCGGCCGCCCGAGGUGAUUGAUUAGCGGAAGCCUGCAUGUAUGUACUCGUUACCUGUGCAUCUGCUACGUCAUAAAGGAAUCCGUGGGCAUCCCAUACCUAGUACCUACCUACCAUCCACAUGCAAAAAGGAAUUGCAGAUUCCAUUCGAAAGACGCCUUAUUCCAUUGUGAGACACCAUCGGCAUUCUGGGUUGUGAUCCUUCCACUACCAAGAGCGGAAGCUUUUCCCUGCUCUGUGACCAGCCUGAGGCGUUGCACCUCUCUUUAAGAACCUCGUGGCUUUCCUUCCGGAUAUUCCACAAUGUUCACUCCUGGUUUGGAAUGGGCCCCCCAUCCACAUGCCGUGAAUAGAUCCCUCACAAUAGUGACCUCUCCCUCAAAGAACCCUACCCCGCCAGAAACUUGCGGUUACAAGCUGAAGCCACUC